UUUCAAUUUGUCUGUGGUCGUGCACAUGAGCAGCUCGUUCUACUCUUCAGUUGGCCCGUAUACUUUCAGUAAAAGUGAUUUGCAGUUUAAUAAAAUAAAUAAUUUCAUUUAUUUAACAAUUCGCCAACAACUAACUACGGCUGGUACGUGAGUUGGGGUCAACGCACCCACGAACUUUAGAAAACCUAAAGCAGCAAGAAGAAAAAGUGCAAGAAAGAAAAGACCGACCAUGGCACAAGUCACCGCAACCAAAGAGCAGCAGCGCGAUCAUAUCGACGAGGAUGAAGUCAGCGAACUGCAGCGGCCGCCCAGCUUCUAUCAGCUGGUGCAUGAGCAGGCUGAGCGAUUUGCGAGCACGCGUAUUGGCCAAUUUGCGAUUGAGAAAGCUGAUCGUGGCCUAAAAUUGAUCGAGGAUACGACCAAGUGGAGUCUGCCGCAGGAAAAGAACUCGAGUGCAACGCCUUUGGAGCGUCCCUUGCCCUGGGCUCCAUUUCUGCUUUUGAUUGUGACGCUGCGUCUGGCACGCAUUUGGCUCUCUAUGGGCGCCUUGCUCAUUGGCAAUGCUCCAGUGUCCCCCCAAGCAAUGAUCUACUUCAUACAGACGCGUCGUCGCAAGCUGCGCGCCAUACGCGUGCAUGGACUGCGGGUCAUGAGGCAGCGUCAGCAGGAAGCCUCCAGCCACGCGAACAAGAGCUACACCCACCAGCUCAGUCAAUGGUUGUCCAAGGCCAUAUGCCGUCCGGGUGUGCAGCGCGCCAAUAGCGGACGUCUCUUCAAUACAACUGCCGCAGCUGAAGCGGAGAACAAGCCGCUCAACAAGAGCGUCAGCAAGCGUCCGAGGGAGGAGGAGUGCAACGCUGAUCAGAACAUGACCAUUGAUCAAAUUCUAGCCAAAUAUGCCGAGGAAAACUCUGAGGAUGAUUCAGACUUUGUUCCGCAUGCAGAGGAGGAAACCGAGACCAGCAGCAGCAGCAGCAGCAGCGGCGAGGGAGCCAGCUCGGAGUCUCACAGUAGCGAUGAGAUUAGCGAGUCUGAGGCACGUGAAAAUUUGGAUACGCAUCUAACCAAUGGCAAGGUAACCCAGAGCCAGGCUCAGGCGUUGAGCAACGGUAACGGCAGCAACAAGGAACAGACGGAAGUUGCAGCUGCUGCAGCUACGCAAGCUGCGAAGAAGGAUGGACAGAACUGGAAAUCCGCGCCGGGACCCAGAAGUGCCGCCCUGAUGAACUCACGCGUCUACAACAACACAGCUGCCGCAGCCAGCACUGAAGAGCCCACCAACCCAAGCGAUUCCCACCUUCCUCUUGCCGAUCCCGAACCCGAUCCCGACACUGACACCGAUACCGACUGCAGCAGCACUCAUACUGUCUGCCGCCCCCAAGCUAAGGAAACUACUGCCUACAGCCAAAGUGAAGCUGACAUCCUCCAUUCCACUGUAGACACCUUAACACCUGCCACUUCUUCCGAAGAUAUUUUCUAUAGCCCCAUCGGCUCUCCCAACAAUUUCAACAACUGCUACAGUCCUCAAGCUCUGCUGCACAAUGUCACCAUCAACUCUGCGCUAGUUCACUCCACACCGAACUCUGAAGUUGAGGGACCGUCGACACCCAGCUCUGUGCUUGAGGAAACGGCUAAGCAGAGUAUAAUUGAAGCUCAUGUCAACACUACGCCAGUCCAACCGCCAAAGCAACCUCCACAGCAGCAGCAGCAGCACCAGCAACAGCCAAGGCAUUUCAAUCAUCCAAAUCAGCGCUUCCGCGGGCGUAACCGACGCUAAGCACCGCUAGCACCAAUCUACACAUAUUGUAAAGUAAAGCUUCAAAAGUACUCUGGCUUAUCUUCAAUAAACUUUUCGCCAUUAAACGUAC